GGAUGUCUCCUCCCUUUAUAUUCCUUCUUUGCCUUUCCUAGUCUUGCUCAUACACACAGACUGAACCCAAGAAAGCAAGGGAGAUGGCUCUUCUCCAGUCAAAUCAGGAUGUCAUUUCCUCAGCAUUGCAGGAGUUUAGCAAAUUGCUGAAUCAGCAGGUAUUCACAGAACCUGUAAUCCCUGAGAAAGACAUGAUCACCAUCGUGGAUGACUGGAUAAAGUUCUACCUUUCGUACUUCUCUAAUAAGAUGACAGGGGACCAACAAGAACAGGAGAGAGCCCUGCAAAAACUGCAAGAGGAUCUUUGGAUUUCAGCCAACCCAUUCCUGGACAAGUACAGAGCCUUCCUAAAAGCCCUUUGAGUUCCCAUAUCUCCCAUUCUUGUCCUAGGCUUCAUUUCUAAUAUAUAGCCAAAACUGAGCCCCUCCACUAAUCUGUUCAUCUCCUUUGAAAUCCUAUUGUAUCUUAAUGUCCUCUGACCCUAAAAUCUAGACCUCAAUAAAUCCAUACAUGGGAAUGUC